CUUAGUAGCGCGUGAUACUUUUGCGUACAAUUACAAUGUGCCUCUUAAAUUUAGUUUCAUAAUCGUUUAAAACUCGCAAAAGUAAUCUCCUACGACCACAAACACAUUAGAACAAGAAUGCUAAACAAGCUGCAGUUAAAACAAUAAUAAUUUGGAGACAAAAUGAAAAUCUUCUGCAUUUUCCUGGUUAUACUUUUAAGCAACGUGACUCAAUUAAGUUGUGAAGAGGAAAAUCCUUACCUGGAAGUUAUAAAACCAUGGAAGAGUAUACAGGAAUACGUGGAAGUGCGUCCCGGAGUUUUUCUAUUUUACUGGUUCUACUACGCCGAUGGUACAACGUUUGAGGCUGAGAAGAAGCCUCUCGUUAUAUGGAUUCAGGGUGGUCCAGGGCUGGCAGCGAGUGGUAUAGCUAAUUUCGCUGAAAUUGGACCUGUGACUAUGGAUAUGCAACCACGAAAUCAUACUUGGGUUCGCGGGAGGAAUCUGCUACUGAUAGACCACCCUGUGGGAACUGGCUUCAGCUAUACCACAGACAACUCCUCAUACGUCAGAUCUGAUAGAGCAGCUGUUAAAGAUCUGGUGAGGUUGAUACGAGAGUUCUUUAAGAAACACAAGUAUUUGAGUGCGACGCCCACCUACGUCAUAGGACAGAGCUACGGAAGCAAGUUGACUCCGAGAUUGGCUCUACAUUUACAUACCUACAUAGAGAAAAACCGACUGAAAAUGAACUUUAAGGGCAUCGGGCUUGGAAGCGGCUGGGUCGACCCUAAACAGAGCUCUCUCGCUCAACCCGACUACCUCUAUCACAUGGGUAUCCUAGACAAAAGAGCGCACAUGCAACUAACAGCUAUAACAGCUCAAAUAUGCCGACUGAUCGAUAAGAAAGAAUACGAUCAAAUACCCAAUCUGAAGAUGAUAAUCAUAAUGACGAUAUACAGGGAAGCGAAAAUGUUGAUCAACUACAACAACAUCAACCAACACAACGCUGAGCCUAUACUUCGGAAACUGAACGCGGAUAUAAACAAGUAUGUUAAGCCGACUUUGUCCGUCGUAAACCAGAGUCUCCAGUGGAAUUACAUCUCGGAGGAAGUAUUCAACGAUAUGACACCAGAUUUUUAUGUGUCCACUACGAAAUACGUUGAAGCGCUACUGAAUCAAACGUCACUGAAAAUUGCAAUAUACAACGGUAACUUGGACGUCGUCACACCGUUAGUCGGUGCAUCAAAUUGGGUUCACAAUCUGAAGUGGGCCCAUGCGGAGGAGUUUAUGCUGGCGAGACGGAACCUCAUAAAUGGACACCGGAACGGGUACUACAAGUCCGUCGGCCGCCUCAGUUUCUGGAGUGUCUUCGGAGCUGGACACUGGGUUCCAGAGGAUAAUCCAAAAGCUAUGGAACACAUUUUAGAGUAUCUUAUGGCUACUAAAGAAAAUGAUAAUAGUCCGGAACUAAGCGAGAACAAAAUACUUAAUAUUUAUAGUAGACAUCUAGAAGACUAGAUUUUUAUUACCGUUAGUACCUAGCUAAGGCUCAGACUUCAUAGAAUAAUAAUGUUAUUAACUCAUAUUUAGAUAUACCAUUCGUACCAUAAUAAUAUCGCCUAAAUAAUAUAAGUAACUUUAUUAUGUACUCCAUGAUCCAUCUUGCCCACUUACUUACUCAAACCUCAGUGUAUAUCUGUAAAUGUGUACAGAAUAUGAUAUAAAAUUAGUAUUAAUUUAUGGAAUA